ACACAUGUCUAAAGUGACGUGGCGACCGCCAUCUUUGUUGGCAGAACUCGAAGUCUUUCUUGAUCUUUCCUCCUAAUUGUCCUUUACUUCUCACAGGCAUACAACCAUUCGAAUAGGCCCUAAAGCUCAAAGUACUCUUUCUUUAGAGGUCUGAGUUCUUUGGAGUGGUUCGAUCUGAACUAUGUUGACAAAAUUCGAAACUAAGUCAGCCCGAGUUAAAGGGUUAUGCUUUCACCCGAAGAGGCCAUGGGUGCUUGCCAGUCUACAUAAUGGUGUUAUACAACUAUGGGAUUAUCGGAUGUGUACACUGUUGGAGAGAUUUGAUGAGCAUGAUGGUCCUGUAAGAGGAAUUCAUUUUCACGAUGUCCAGCCACUUUUUGUGUCUGGGGGAGAUGACUAUAAAAUCAAGGUUUGGAAUUAUAAGCAGAAGCGCUGUCUCUUCACAUUACUAGGCCAUUUGGAUUAUAUCCGAACAACUUUCUUUCACCAUGAAUAUCCUUGGAUUCUCAGUUGUUCUGAUGACCAAACAAUUAGAAUUUGGAACUGGCAGUCAAGAACAUGCAUAUGUGUGUUGACAGGCCAUAACCAUUAUGUCAUGUGUGCACAAUUCCAUCCAUCUGAAGAUCUAGUGGUAUCUGCUUCUCUUGAUCAAACUGUCAGAGUGUGGGAUAUGUCAGGUCUGCGUAAGAAGACUGUGGCUCCAGGUGCUAGUGGUUUAGAUGAUCAUCUCAAAAGCCCAGGACAUACAGACCUCUUUGGGCAGUCAGAUGCCAUAGUCAAGCAUGUACUUGAGGGUCAUGAUAGAGGUGUAAACUGGGUUGCAUUUCAUCCCACCAUGCCUCUGAUAGUGUCUGGAGCAGAUGAUAGACAGGUCAAAUUGUGGAGGAUGAAUGACUCCAAAGCUUGGGAAGUGGAUACAUGCCGUGGACACUACAACAAUGUGUCAUGUGUUCUUUUCCAUCCAAGACAAGAACUUAUGUUGAGUAAUUCUGAGGACAAAAGCAUCAGAGUUUGGGACUUGUCCAAGAGGACUGGUGUUCAGACAUUCCGAAGGGAACAUGACCGUUUCUGGGCAAUAGCAGCUCAUCCUACUUUGAACUUAUUUGCUGCUGGUCAUGAUAGUGGCAUGAUUGUGUUCAAGCUUGAAAGAGAACGACCAGCUUAUGCUGUACAUGGAAAUACUUUGUAUUACGUCAAAGAUCGUUAUCUUAGGAUUUAUGAAUUUGGUACCUCCAAAGAUGUUCCAGUAAUGCAGUUCAAGAAGAAUUCUUCACGUACCCCAGUUUAUUCCUUGUCAUAUAAUCCUGCCGAGAAUUGUGUACUUGUCUGCACGAAUGCAACGAAUCCAGAAAACUGUGUCUAUGAAGUGCAUGCAGUGCCAAAGCAAAUAGAUAGUAGCAACCCUGAAGUGUCAGAGGGAAAGCGAGCAGCAGGUUUGACUGCAGUAUGGGUAGCUCGUAACAGGUUUGCUGUCCUGGACAGGACUCACACCCUGCUUAUCAAGAACUUGAAGAAUGAAGUGACAAAGAAAGUCACUACUCCAAACUGUGACAUGAUCUUCUAUGCUGGCACUGGAAGUCUUCUACUAAGAGAUCCUGACUCCAUUACAUUGUUUGAUGUCCAGCAAAAGAGAUCAUUGGCUUCAGUUAAGAUAAGCAAAGUUCGUUAUGUGGUUUGGUCCCCUGAUAUGUCCCAUGUUGCUCUUCUCAGCAAACACAUCGUUGCUGUCUGCAAUCGGAAACUGGAGUGUCUUAGCACAAUUCAUGAGAAUAUCCGUGUGAAGAGUGGUGCCUGGGAGGAGAGCGGUGUGUUUGUAUACACUACAAGCAAUCACAUUAAAUAUGCAUUAACAAAUGGUGAUCAUGGAAUCAUAAGGACUUUAGAUUUACCUAUCUAUAUCACCAGAGUUAAGGGAAGCAGUGUGUACUGUCUGGACAGAGAAUGCAAGACCAGAGUACUGGGUAUUGAUCCUACGGAAUUCAAGUUUAAACUGGCACUGAUUCAUCGUAAAUAUGAUGAGGUGCUUCACAUGGUCAGGAAUGCCAAACUUGUUGGACAGUCCAUCAUUUCUUACUUACAAAAGAAAGGAUAUCCUGAGGUGGCUCUUCACUUUGUAAAAGAUGAGAAGACAAGAUUUGGUCUUGCACUUGAGUGUGGAAACAUUGAGGUUGCAUUAGACGCAGCUAAGGCCUUAGAUGACAAGGCAUGCUGGGAAAGAUUGGGUGCAGCAGCCCUGAGACAAGGAAAUCAUCAGGUUGUUGAGAUGGCUUACCAAAGAACCAAGAACUUUGAUAAGCUUUCAUUCUUGUACCUCAUCACUGGGAACAUUGAGAAACUGCAAAAAAUGCAGAAAAUCGCUGAGAUACGUAAGGAUAUGAGUGGACAGUACCACAAUGCCUUGUACACUGGUGAUGUAGAAGAAAGGGUGAAGAUACUAAAGGCUCUUGGGCAAGGUCCUUUAGCUUAUUUGACUGCUGCAACUCAUGGGCUGACUGAAGAUGCAGAAGAUGUCAAGUCAACUUUUGAACUUAAUCCAGACACUUUACCUCAAGUUAACCCCAAUGCAAAACUACUACAGCCUCUUGUACCAAUUCUACAAAAUGAAGGCAACUGGCCUCUUCUUACAGUCAGCAAGACCUUCUUUGAAGGAGCUAUGGCUGCCAAAGCAGGAGGAGCAUCGUUGGCUGCUGUUGAUGAUGUUGGUGAAGCAGCAGCUGAAGGAUGGGGAGAAGAUGCAGAAUUAAUCAUUGAUGAAGAAGGAGGUUUUGGAGAAGAUGAAGGUAUUGAAGGUGUUGGAGAGGAGGAAGAAGGAGGUGGAUGGGAUGUUGGUGAUGAUGACUUAGAACUACCAGCUGACUUGGAUGUUGGUCCUGUUGUUCCAUCUGGAGAAGAAGGAUAUUUUGUACCUCCAAGCAAGGGCACAAGCCAAGCACAAGUAUGGUGCAAUAACUCACACCUUGCAGUUGAUCAUAUCCUUGGAGGCUCAUUUGAGAGUGCCAUGAGGCUUCUUCAUGAUCAAGUUGGAGUGGUGAAUUUCGAACCACUGAAGCCAUUGUUUAUGUUAGCUUACUCACGAUCAAGAACAGCCAUCAUUGCUGGUCCUGCUCUACCAAACUUGUUUGGAUAUCCUCAUAGAAACUGGAAAGAGGCUGGAGCUCGCAAUGGCUUACCUGCUGUUGGACUCAAAUUGAAUACCUUAGUACAACGUUUACAGGCUGCAUACCAGUUGACCACUGGUGGUAAAUUCCAGGAAGCCUCCGUCAAGUUGCAGGAAAUUCUCCUGAGUGUUCUACUGACGGUUGUUGACACCAAACAAGAAGUUAGUGAAGCUCAGCAGUUACUUGGCAUAUGUCGUGAAUACAUCUUAGGAUUACAGAUGGAAACAAAGAGGAAGACAAUGCCUAAGAGUAAUCUUGAAGAACAAAAGCGUGUGUGUGAGAUGGCUGCAUACUUUACUCAUUGUAAUCUACAACCAGUACAUCAAAUUCUUACCCUAAGGACUGCACUCAACCUCUUCUUUAAGCUCAAGAAUUUCAAGACUGCUGGAUCAUUUGCCCGUCGUUUAUUGGAGCUUGGUCCUCGACCUGAUGUAGCCACGCAGACUAGAAAGGUAUUGCAAGCCUGUGACAAGAACCCAACAGAUGCACAUCAACUACAGUAUGAUGAACAUAACCCAUUCUCCGUCUGUGGUUUAUCCUACAAACCUUUGUACAGAGGUAAACCCCAAGAAAAGUGCCCAUUGUGUCAGACCAGCUAUUGCCCUGAGUUUAAAGGCAUUGUGUGCGAAGUAUGCAAGGUUGCUGAAGUUGGCAAGGAUACGAUUGGACUAAGAAUCAGCCCAAUACAGUUCCGCUAGACCAUGUGACAAAUGAUAGCAAAAAAAUUGAUCUCAUAAGCCAAGAGAAAAAGAUAUCAGUAAUAUCAGUAUUCCCCUUAGAAACACCACUAGGAUAUGUAUAAAGGGCAGCAGCACAGAUGAUAUUGCUUUAGGAAUUAAACAAAUACCAUGAAUAUUUUACAGUACAGUAAAUGAUGAAAUAAUUACUGUUAAACUACUACAUUAUAAGAAUAUGGAACCUCAUGUGGCCAAUAGGUAAAAGAACGUGAAAUUAGUAGUCAAAUUAGGUCUUGUAAUCAAUGUUUUAGGGCUCAAGUUGGGUUCUUGUUUUUCAAACAGUAUGAAAAUAAAGUUAGUAUAAAAUUGAGUUAUUCCCUAAUGGAGUUUUCAUUUUGUAAGUCUGAAAAUUUGCCAAAAAAUAAAAAUACAAAAUUUUAA